UCAGGCAAAUGUAGACGAGCUGAGGCAGGACCUUGCAGAAGUUGAACAGUUUCACAAGUCUGCCACACGGCCGAAAGUUCAAGAGCUGCUGUCCAAGAAAGUAGACCAGCUACGACGAGACAUUCUCAGCCUAGAGAAGGCAGCCCAGGGUGCUAAGGCCACAUCAAGCAGAACUUCCAAUGGUGCCGGUGCUGGGGACAAUACACAGAUUUACCAGGAAAACAUUACCAACUACGCUUGGGACCAGUCUGACAAGUUCCUGAAGCUUUACCUCACCCUGGGAAACCUAAGUGUAGUCAGCGAGAGCGACAUACUUGCAGACUUCACCAACAGGUCAGUGACAGUAAAAGUCCAGUUCCCUAAGAAAACCUGCCCGUUGCACAUUGCCAGAUUGUGCGAAGACAUUGUUCCCUCUGAUUGCUACUGUAAGAAAAAGUCUGAGUAUGUGCUAGUGAUGCUGAAGAAGGCAAAAGUUGGGAAGACUUGGCUGACCGUCACUGAACGAGAGAAGAAAGCCAAGGAAAAAUACAGGCCAAAUUUGGAUGCCAAUGAGGAUCCCAGUGCCGGAAUCACAAAAAUGCUGAAGAACAUGUAUGACGAAGGUGAUGAUGAGAUGAAACGUUCUAUAUCUAAACUUGGUAUCAGUCACAGAUGA